AUGGUGGGUUGGGUCGGCGUAGAUUGGAAUUUAUUGGGCUUUGUUCUACAUGCCCUCCUGAAAGGUCAACAGAGCAGUCAACAACCUGCUGCAGGUACACCAUCCCAGUAUAAUAUCUUCUGUGCGACCGUUCGGGACCUAUGCCCCCCCAAUUUCAUCAAUCUGCCCACCAAUAUCGCCAUUUUGAGUUGCAUUGCAUUGCAUUGCGUUGGCGUUGAAGGCCCAUUCCUGGCCUUGGCCUAUGGAGUCGUGCAGAAGCAGGCCUAUCUGGGCAAGCGAUUUUCAGCAGCGAACCAACCCCACAGGGACUCGUGCGCGCGACACGACCAUCUUUCCGUUCUGGUCCAACGGCGGUGGCUGUCUGGGGAGCAUGGCAGGAGGAAGUGGUCCAUUCUCAUCGACGUCAUUUUAUUGAUUUCCCUUGGGCACCAAUCCACUAUUGGUCGCACUCUCGGGCUCCUUGGGCUCUCGUUAAUUAUUAGCUAA